AUGUACGAGAAGGUGAACAAGUCCGGCAGUCUGGUGGACAACCUACUGCAGAGGUUGGAGAAAUACAGCACCAACCUGGAGAAGAUCGUGGACGAGAAGGUCGAGGAACUCAAGCAAGAGAAGCAGAAAUCUGAGGAGCUUCUUAAACAGAUGCUGCCCGCGAGCGUGGCAGACAGACUGAAGGCCGGCCUGACGGUGGAGCCAGAGUUCUACGACUGUGUGACCAUCUACUUCAGCGACAUCGUCGGCUUCACCGUCAUCUGCUCCCAGCUCAAGCCGGAGCAGAUCAUCAUCUUCCUCAACGAGCUCUACUCCUGCUUCGAUGACGUCAUCGGCAGCUUUGAUGUCUACAAGGUGGAGACCAUAGGCGACGCUUACAUGGUGGUCUCUGGUCUGCCGAACCGGAACGGCAAUGAGCAUGCGCGGCAGAUUGCUCGGAUGUCCUUGGCCUUGCUCCGGGUGAUUUCCGAGUUCAAGGCAUCGGGGUUUCCCCAGACUGUCAUCAAGCUGAGGAUUGGACUGAACUCAGGUCCUGUGUGUGCUGGUGUAGUCGGUCUAAAGAUGCCACGUUAUUGUUUGUUUGGUGACUCGGUCAAUACGGCGUCAAGGAUGGAGUCCAACGGUGUCGAAUUAAAGAUCCACAUGAGUCAGAGUACAGUCGACAUCCUUCAGACGUUUGGCAGCUUUACAAUACAGUCGCGGGGACAGAUAGAGAUUAAGGGCAAGGGUGUGAUGGAGACCUACUGGCUACUUGGUGAAGACAGUUCGGAUCUUGGAGCUACAUAAAGUACAGGAGCAGCAGAUGCCAGAACUGAAUUGAACAUUUGGCAGUGCAAGCACUCACUGUAGCAUUUAUUAUACCAACAUUGGUCGCUCAUGAAAUAUCUUACACAUUUUAGCGACCAAUGUUUUACUAAAGAGAGGAACUUUAAAAUUGUCGUUUUUAGUUCACUUAAAGCAUUAGUGCAAUAAAGUUUUUGUGCUUGUUUUAUUAGCAAUUAUAACACAAAAUAUCAUCGUACUGAUUUCUCUGGUGACCGGAAAAUGUGCAAUGGAGAAAAAUUUCGCACACAAAUGUACGCAAAGGAAUUUCUUAUUUAAAUCGGGCAUUUGUUGACAUUUGCAAAGAAUGGUAACAUGUACGGAAUAGAAUUAGUUUGUAUUUACGCAGUUUUCUGUAC